CGGUUAUUCGGGUUAGCAAGCUUGGCGAAAUAGCAGCUUCCGGCGAAAUUAUCAACUUUAUACUCCGAAGGACUGAAAAGAUAGCCCUAUGAUGUCCGCUGCUCAACAAUGGACGUGUUUUUUGUCGAAUUGUCUCGUGUUCUCGGUCUUUCCGUAGACACCACCUCGGCUAGUUAGCGCAGCUGGCUAACUGGCUGAUCAAACCCUGACAAGUGCCCGGCUGCUUGUCUGACUAGGUGACGGAGGAAAACUGUCAAGAGGAGGAAAUAAUUAACUUUUUAUCUCAAAAGCUUAACCGUAGACACACCACACUGAGAAUAGGAGCUGGUAUGAACGGGAGCUUCCAAGGGCUGUUUUCUUGACUUUUGGUUUAGUUGAUUGUAGAUUGAGGGGAGUAAGUAAACGAUCUGAGGAGUGGGAUUAUAAAUACAGUAAUAACAAAUAAGACGGGACUGUUACUGAGGCGUUGCUUGCUUUGGUUACCGUGUGUCUUGAAGAUGUCAGUACGUUUUGAUAACUGAAGUUUGACUUGAAGUUUCCCUGAGUACGGGUCCCUCAAGACCACAUCUAUAGAAUAGAUUAUUUGCAUUUUCAUUUUCAGAUCGCUGGAUUGAUUUGACUUAAUGGGUUUGCUUUAGGGCAGAGUUACAUGAAACGUUAGUCCUUUUCUUGUCAACGUGUCACACUUCUUGUUUACAGCAGGUCCGGGUGACUGCCUGGAAGAGUAAACAGGAGUGACAGACCAACCUGCUCACAACACUUUGAGCAACUUUGCACUACAGCUAAUGUCUGAUGCUUCUCCACCAGUUACACCCAGAUCUAUCUAGUUACUUGAAAUAACAUUCCCACAAAAUAUCGCAUUUUUAAUUGUUUGGUGAGAGAGACAGAUGGAGUGUCAGUGGCCAAGUUUGAGUAACAAACUAGGAUUGAUUCGUGAUACCAUUUUUAACCAUUGAUGAUGAGAUAUAACAUAAAUGCUUGGUUAGGGCAGUGGUAAUGACUAGAUAUUUGCUCAGUGACUGACUGAAAGCAAGACUGUAGUUGUAUGCAUAUUGCUGCGAUCUUGCCCACUUACCACAAUGCCGCCUGUAGUGUUUUUACUGAUGCUGUUUGGAGCAUCAUGCAGUCUUGGACAGGCCAUGACACGGGAGGAAAAGCACAGGUUGAGGAACCAAGUGGUUGAGAUGUUUGACCAUGCAUAUCAGAAUUACAUGGACCAUGCAUACCCAGCAGAUGAGCUGAUGCCUCUAACAUGUAGAGGAAGAGUACGUGGGCUUGAACCCAGUCGAGGUGACAUAGACGACGCUCUUGGAAAGUUCUCUCUGACCCUCAUUGAUACUCUGGAUACUCUGGUGCUUUUGAAUAAGACCACAGAGUUUGAGGCUGCAGUGAGGAGAGUCCUGUCAGAUGUGAGGCUGGACAAUGACAUUGUGGUCUCUGUCUUUGAAACCAACAUUCGAGUCCUUGGAGGUCUGUUAGGAGGCCACUCCAUGGCUGUGAUGCUGAAGGACGGAGGUCAGCACAUGCAGUGGUACCAGGAUGAGCUCCUGCAUAUGGCCAAAGACUUGGGUGUCCGACUGCUGCCGGCCUUCAACACCAGCAGUGGCCUGCCUUACCCCCGGGUGAACUUGAAAUAUGGAGUCAGGGGUCCUGAGACGAGAACAGGCACAGAAACAGACACUUGUACUGCGUGUGCAGGAACCAUCAUCCUGGAGUUUGCUGCCUUAAGUCGCUUCACUGGGGAUCCUGUUUUUGAGGCCCAUGCCCGGAGAGCCCUGGACUUUCUGUGGGAGAAGAGACAGAGGAACAGCAAUCUGGUGGGAACCACCAUCAACAUCCACUCUGGAGAGUGGGUCCGUAGAGACAGUGGAGUUGGAGCAGGAAUUGACUCGUACUAUGAAUACCUACUAAAGGCCUACAUCCUCUUGGGAGAUGACUUGUUUCUGCAGCGGUUCAAUAUUCAUUACGCAUCUAUAAUGAAGUACAUUAGUCAGCCGCCUCUGCUGCUGGAUGUCCACAUCCACAAACCUCUACUUCCUGCUCGCACCUGGAUGGACUCUCUGCUGGCCUUCUUCCCUGGACUGCAGGUAUUGAAAGGAGAUAUCCGUCCUGCUAUCGAGACUCACGAGAUGUUGUACCAAGUUACCAAGAAACACAACUUCCUCCCGGAGGCCUUCACUACUGAUUUCAGGGUACACUGGGCCCAACACCCCCUGAGGCCUGAGUUUGCAGAGAGCACCUAUUUCCUUUACAAGGCCACAGGAGACCCUUACUACCUGGAGGCAGGUCGCACCAUCCUGGACAACCUCAAUCGCUUUGCUCGUGUUCCCUGCGGCUUUGCUGCAAUGAAGGACGUGCGCACUGGGAGCCAUGAGGACCGAAUGGACUCGUUCUUCCUUGCUGAGAUGUUCAAAUACCUGUUCCUGUUGUUUGCUGAAGCGGAGGACCUACCUUUUGAUGUGGAGGACUACGUCUUCACAACUGAGGCACACCUGCUGCCUCUGUCUCUCUCCGCAGCCCCUCACUCCUCAUCCGUUUCCUCAAAUAGAACGUCAAAGGAGGAGCUGGACGACUCAAACUUUGAUUGGACCUGCCCAAACACCCGCCUCCUGUUUCCUGACCCCGCCUUCCCUCGUAACCUGAGAGAACCAAUCCGUAGCGCUGUGGACAAGAGCUGCCCUCGUCCUGCUCCUUACCGGGAACCCGGUAUGGGUCGUCCUCCCCUUAGGGCUCAGGACUUCAUGGCAAACAACCCUGAACAUCUGGAGCUGCUGAGGAGGAUGGGAGUCAGUCUCAUCCAUUUGAAAGAUGGCAGGGUGCAGCUGGUCCAACAUGCUACGCAGGCGGUGAGUGCGGUAGCAGCGGAGGACGGCGUACGUUUCAUGCAGGAGAUGAUGGAGCUGUCCAGCCAGCAGCAGAAAGAGCAGCUGCCUCCCAGGGCCAUUCAAAUCGUCUCACAUCCAUUCUUUGGCAGAGUUGUGCUGACCGCCGGCCCAGCGCAGUUUGGCACAGACCUGUCCAAAAGUUCCACAGGGGUACGAGGCUUUGUGACUGUGGCUGAACCCUAUAGUGGCUGUUCUGAGAUCACCAACGCUGAGUACGUCCAGGGCCACAUUGCUCUUCUCCAGAGGGGUCAGUGCAUGUUUGCAGAAAAGGCCCGACACAUCCAGAAGGCUGGCGCCAUCGGAGGCAUAGUCAUCGACGACAACGAUGGCAGCAGCAGUGACACAGCUCCCCUGUUUCAGAUGGCUGGGGACGGCCGUAACACAGAUGACAUCACCUUGCCUCUCCUCUUCCUCUUUCACAAGGAGGGCAACAUCCUGUUGGAGGCGCUGAAGGAGUACAGGGAGGUGGAGGUGCUGCUGAGCGAUAAAGCCAGAGACAGAGGUGUAGAUGUGCAAGAAGCGGGGGAGGGCUGCUUAACUGAGGCAACAACUCCCACCUCAUUUGAGCCUACCAGCCAAUCGCAAAUCAGCACGGUGGAGCUGGACGAAUCUGUUUCAGAGGAGGUUACCCCAUCCCAGGACGCAGCCAGUCCUGAAGAUGAAGAAACUAGUCCUGCAGAAGAAGUUAGUCCACCGGAAGAGGAAGCUAGUCCUACAGAGGCAGAAGCUGGUUUGGCUCAGCCUAAGGAGGAGAGAGACUCUGACAGGAGAGAGGAGUCUGAGGGUGACACAGACUCAAGUAGCCAGUCAGUGGAUGAACUGCUGGCUGAUUGGCGGGAAGACUUGGAGGCUUUCCAGCAGAUGGAGAAGGAUGAGCUCUGACAGUCAUCGGGUGUGACAUACCCUGUGACUGUGGUUUGAUCCCACCAUGGGGAGAGCCCCAGAGGGAACGCAUCUUCACACCAGCCUCAAACUGAUGAACACAAAGAAAGCUGGGGAGAUGUCUCUCGUGACUGUUUCUUCUCUUUCCCUCUGUAGAUGGUACCACGUGCCAAGGCAAGCCACAUACUGCAUCACUGGACCAUAAGGAAGUCCUUUUUAGCCUGGUAGACAAUGGAUGAGAGACCAGGGUUCUUACCUCACUUUCUCAUGCAGUUUCUGUUAAUCUGUCAUAACAAAACCUAAUGAAUGACAUGGACCAGACUGUGUGUAACAGUGUCUCACUUUCCAGUCCAAAUUACUUCUCACAUUGUUGUUCUCUAUGCAUUUCUGACUCCUUUUGCUCAGAUGAGUGCUGGUCCAACAACUACGUUCUGACUAAUUAAUCCAUCGACCAAUUUUAUUUAAACGUGAUGAUUAUUUGUGAUGAUACAUUUACUGUUUUUAUGGUCUUGGACCUAAUCAUAUGUACGCAUUGAUGUGAGUUAAAAGACUUAAUUCACGUGGCGACCGGUGACAUCAAAUAAGCUGCAGGAUCUUUUUAUGGCUUUAUGGUAGACAAACUCAACACCAAAAUAAUCUCUCUGGAGGUAUAAGAAGUCAUCUGUCAGUGUAAAUAUGUAGUAAGAUAUAUUUACUGAAACAGUAUAGCGCUGUUCGCUCAGGUUCCGGUGCUCCUCCCAGCCAACAACCUCUGGACCACAUCUGGUGGAGCAGACACACCCUCAGGAGCGUAGUGGGAUGGAUUACACACCCACAGACAGCCACAGGAGGGCGCUAUAUGAUCUGUCUGUUAUGCUGUAGCUGCUGAUUGAUUGGAAGGAACAGAAAAAUGCCAAUAAAUGAACAUGAUGGAAUUAAAUAAAAAUUGAGAGGGAAAUGGGGAAACCUGGCCUGAUUCUGAUUUGAACACAGGUGUUUGGUUUAGAUGUUGCAAUUCAAGAGAAGAUUUAUUCAUUUUGUUUUGAGUUUACUGUAUUAAGAUGAAGGCAUGUUUGAAUCCAAAAAGAGUUUCCCUUUUGACUGGGAACCUUGAGUGUUAUACCACUUUGUAAUGAUGUAAAUGAAUUCACAGAAUAUUUAGCACAUCUGUUAAUUUUCAGUGGAAUUUUUAAAAACAUGUUCACUCAUACUAGAAAACGGAAUUAAUGAGUGAAAGGUGAAGAUUUAAUUUUUGACCAAGUUCUUUUCCUACAGACAUGUUUCUAUAGACAGUGGGCGAACACCCCCACAUAAAAUCAGUUGAGUCAACAUGACUUAGAUCUGUAACUGGAAAAUUCUCAGCGUGUACCAUAGCAUUACUGUCAAACUGA